CUGAGCACGUGGAAUGGAGUUACUAUGGUAACAGGGUGUCAACAUCAAGUAGUUGUGUUUUCUUGUGGCCACUGCUAGCUAACCCGUCAGCAAUCCUGCAUCCUAUCAACAAUGGCUGAAAUGUCUGCAAUGAAUAGAAAAUUGAUUCAGAAUCUCGCGGAAACUCUUUCUAAACAAGUCAAACACUUUAACAAAACAGAAGCAGAGUGUCUGAUCCGACUGUUCAAUGGUCUCCUGGGGGAUCAGAGUGACAGGAGGGUAGGGAAUGGCCUGGACAGAGGAAAAUUCAGGAAUAUUCUACACAACACCUUUGGAAUGACUGAUGAUAUGAUUAUGGAUAGAGUAUUUCGUGCAUUCGACAAAGACAACGACAGCUACGUCAGUGUGAAAGAGUGGAUCGAGGGACUAUCAAUCUUUCUCCGUGGAACAUUGGAUGAAAAAAUUAAGUACUGCUUCGAUGUGUAUGACUUGAAUGGAGAUGGGUACAUUUCCCGGGAAGAGAUGUUCCACAUGCUGAAGAACAGCCUGAUCAGACAGCCCACAGAGGAGGACCCAGACGAGGGCAUCAAAGACCUGGUGGAGAUCACACUCAAGAAGAUGGACCAUGACCACGACAGCAGACUGUCCUAUGCAGACUUUGAAAAGGCAGUGAGAGAUGAGAAUCUAUUGCUUGAAGCUUUUGGAACCUGCCUUCCCGAUGCCAAGAGCAUAUUGGCAUUUGAGCAGCAUGCAUUCCAGGAUACACUUGAGCAUUAAGGACAACACUACUUUAUUCAUUUUCAUGAAACUGCAAAUAUAUAUAAACAAAUAAAAAUAUAUAUAAAAACGCUUCUUAUACUCUGAUGGUAAAUAUACAAAUAAAACAUGUCGAGAAAAGGUGAAGUACUGUCUAAUUGGUGUAAAGUCUAGGAACUUGUAUGCAAAUGUAUGCAUUAUCUUCUGUGUGAUGCUAUCCGUUUCGGAACAUGGAGUCUGUUCUGUCGUUCUGCCCCUGAGCAAGGCAGUUAACCCACUGUUCCCCAGGCGGCGAAGACGUGGAUGUCGAUUAAGGCAGCCCUCCACACCUCUCUGAUUCAGAGGGGUUGGGUUAAAUGAGGAAGACACAUUUCAGUUGGACUAGGUAUCCCCCUUUCCUUUUCUCUGUUAGAUUAUCUUCUGAGGCUUUCCUGGCUUUGUCUUCUUCUCUGUUGGCUUGACUUCAGGAACUGAUGCUACCUGAAAACAAGGAAAGAAAUUAAUUUACUGCAGUAUCCCUCACACUUGAAUUGUAAUACUGUAUGAAGUUGUGACUGUGAGUGACCAAUUUUGGGAAGCAAAUGACCACGAAUAUACCUUUUUCAAUGUAUUUCAGACCAGGUUGGAUGUUGUGUUCAAUGACUCAUCCACCAUAUCCAUCUUAGGCUACUCUGGUAGUUUGGUCCAAUGAGGGUUUCAUUUUUGUCCACAAUGGCAAAAAGUCUUUACUCAUUUCUACCAUUUUCCGUUCUCCAAAUGUGUGGUCCUCGGUAUGAAUCUGGAGGGUACUGCAGGGGGUGGAUUCUUACUCAGUCUUUUCACCAUCCCUCUGUUUCCCCCAGAAGAGGAGGGAGUGCCACUUAUAUUGGGUGCCUGCUGCAGUUUAUUAUGAAAUUAUGCAAUGACCCCCUUUUGUCCUCUGUUGGAAUAGUCCUGCAUUGGUUUGCCUGAUAACUAUAAGACCGAUCAUAAAAUGGGGCACAUCUGAAGCUAAGCAGGGUUGGUCCUAGUGACCAGACGCUGCUGGAAGUAGUGUUGGAGGGCUAGUAGGAGGCACCCUUUACGCUUGUCUAAAAAAAUAUCCCAAUGCCCCAGGGCAAUGAUUGGGGACAUUGCUCUGCGUAGGGGGAUGUUGAACGGGUGUCCUGACUCUCUGUGGUCACUAAAAAAAGAUCCCAUGGCACUUAUCGUAAGAGUAGGGGUGUUAACCCCGGUGUCCUGGCUAAAUUCCCAAUCUGGCUCUUGUACAACCAUGGUCACCUAAUCAUCCCCAGCUUACAAUUGGCUCAAGGGUCAAAGUCUCUUCCUGAUUGCCGGUAUCACUGGAUCUCUGAUCAUCACCUUAAGAAGUCCUGGCUGUGGUAGCAAAUGUAUCGGAAGACAUGGGCUUUUUUUCUCUUCAUCCCCCUGGUCCUGUUCUUUUGUUCCACAACCAAACAAGACAAAUUGAGAAUCAUACAGUAUGUGUCAACUAACUGCAUCAUAAUAGUAAUGCUUAUGUUGUGAAUGACAGAUAUAGUUCUGAUAAUAGUCUACUAACACAUCAUCUGUACCUUUAUUUUGAGCCGUCCUAUUCACAUAUCUCCCGUCUUGCAGCUUUAAUCUGGUGUUCUCCACUGUCUCAUACUCUGGGGCAUAGCACAUGUAGUAAACCUACAAAGAAACUCUUCUCAUCCAUGUGCCUUUUGACUGCCCUGAAACAGAAUUACAUCAAAGUAUAACUGGUAUAACUCAGACACUCUGUUUGCAGAUUUGACAGUACUGUAUAACUAAUAGAGCCUAGUAAUACCAAGGGCCUAAUAGUUAGUUACUAUAAACUAGGGCCUAGAGGUUUUUUUCCUGGUCAGUGUUACAAAUGCACAUUCUUAAAGCAACAGCAUUCAAUACUCAACUGAGCUAGAAUCCCACGUUACUGAACACAACAUUCAGGUUACAUGGUCACUGAGAAAACUCCCAGCCCUAGUUAUGUAUCACUCAUCAUGAUCAACUGGAUGGAACCUGUCCUGACCUUGCACCGGUGAGUUUCUGGAACUUGAUGUGGUAGACCUCUGAAUUCCUCUGCAGGGUAUUCAUCCAGCCCUCCUCCACAAACCUGUACAGCGCAGAGAGCUGGAAUAGUUCUGUCAUCACCCCAAUGGCUGGGGCUUCUUACACUGUCAGGUAACGAGACUCCAAGUUGAUGGUGUACACCUGCAGAUGCAAUAUAGCAUGAGGGUAAGAUAAAGAAAUACAAAACAAGAAAUUGCACAGUGGCGCCCGAGCUAACUUGCUAGCCAAGUAUUGAGCAUGGAUACAGAAUUUCGCUGAAGGAAACGAUAUUCUUACCUUAACUUCUUUAGGUCUCCUUAAUUUUCUAUAAUUUGUUCGCGAGGGGCACAUAUAGUGUUGCUCAUGGUGUUUAUAAACCUCUGGAGUGCUCCAACUUCAGCUGUUGAUGGGCGCCGCCAUGUUUGCUAAUGACAACACAACCCAAACCUGAAGUAGUUUCCCAGACAAAAAUAAUCGGAUCUGAGGUAAUUGAUGUGAGCGUCUCUGUGAGAAAAAAAAAUCGGAUCAGCUACUUUUGCCUGCACAGAAUGCAUAACCGAAUGCGACCCGUAAAAUUACGUACAAGUAAUCUAGCUAAUUAUCUAGCUACUUCAUUUGCGUUUAGAUCAUAUUGCCAACAUAUUUAGUUAUGUUGGGAAAUAAUGGCAUCUAAUCUGUCACAUUGGUUUUUAACAACACGAAAAGCUGCUUUCUUCAACCGCUUUCUUGGUAACACAGCUCUCGCUUCACCAGAACCUGGCUCUGGAGCUGUCCUGGGGUCAUGAUGCCCAUGUGUUCCUCAGCUGGACCAGAAGCAGAGGCCCUGCCAACGAGGAGGACCAUAAAGUAGAGUUGAGCAGGCAACUGUGAGAGAAGCUUGGACUCAAAGAUGGCGAGCAGGGCUUCUUGCGGCCAUGCCAGCAGGUCCUGUCUGUACAGCAGGUGUUUGUGGACCCACUCACCUCUGACGACUUGGAGAUCCUGGAGCUCCACAGUGCAGCAGCUCCUGGAGCAGAAUAGAGUGGUGUUUCCGGAUGCAGUGUUUCCUGUGUGGGUGGACCAGAGAACACUCAUCUACAUCCGAAUCAGGUCCUCUCUGGAGAGCAUUCAGAAGACUGGACUUCCUGUACAACAAUGUCCCAACGCUGCUGGCCUCCAGUGCCCCCAGCAGUGGGGCGGGAUAGCAAUCCUAAAGAACAUGGUCAGGUACAUGCUAACAUGGAACUAUGACCCAGUGAGAGAGUCUCCUCCAUCUCCAACAUCUCUUCCCUCCUCAGUGACUCAGUCUUCAGAGUAUGCCGAGCACCGCCCGUGUCUUCUGGCCCUCUGAGUGCCAGCCUUGGGGUUGACCUCAUUCUGACCUGCAGCCAGCAGAUGGGAGUGUAAUAUCAAUGGUGGCCAGCCAGCUGUGACGUAUGGCCUACUGUCCAAGGUGCUCUCUCCCAAGAAGGUGAGAGAGAGGGCCAAGCUGGCCAUGGAGAAGAAUAAGAGUGGAGGUGCUGGUGGUGCUCCCCAGCCUGGUGAUGAUGCAGGGGACAGUCGUGGCCAAAAGUUUUGAGAAUGACACAUUCAUUUUCAAAGUUUGCUGCCUCAGUUUGUAUGAUGGCAAUUGGCAUAUACUCCAGAAUGUUAUGAAGAGUGAUCAGAUGAAUUGCAAUUAAUUGCAAAGUCCCUCUUUGCCAUGCAAAUGAACUGAAUCUCCCCAAAACAUUUCCACUGCAUUUCAGCCCUGCCACAAAAGGACCAGCUAACAUCAUGUCAGUGAUUCUGGAGAUCACUGUCAUGCUGAUUGAGUUUGAAUAACAGACUGGAAGCUUCAAAAGGAGGGUGGUGCUUGGAAUCAUUGUUCUGCCUCUGUAAACCAUGGUUACCUGCAAGGAAACAUGUGCUGUCAUCAUUGCUUUGUGCAAAAAGGGCUUCACAAGCAAGGAUAUUGCUGCCAGUAAGAUUGCACCUAAAUUAACCAUUUAUCAGAUAAUCAAAAACUUCAAGGAGAGCGGUUCAAUUGUUGUGAAGAAGGCUUCAGGGCUCCCAAGAAAGUCCAGCCAGCGCCAGGACUGUCUCCUAAAGUUGAUUCAGCUGCGGGAUCGGGGCACCACCAGUACAGAGCUUGCUCAGGAAUGGCAGCAGGCAGGUGUGAGUGCAUCUGCACGCACAGUGAGGCGAAGACUUUUGGAGGAUGGCCUGGUGUCAAGAAGGGCAGCAAAGAAGCCACUUCUCUCCAGGAAAAACAUCAGAGACAGACUGAUAUUCUGCAAAAGGUACAAAAGAAUUGGACUGCUGAGGACUGGGGUAAAGUUGUUUUCUCUGAUGAAUCCCCUUUCCGAUUGUUUGGGGCAUCCGGAAAAAAGCUUGUUCGGAGAAGACAAGGUGAGCGUUACCAUCAGUCCUGUGUCAUGCCAACAGUAAAGCAUCCUGAGACCAUUCAUGUGUGGGGUUGCUUCCCAGCUAAGGGAGUGGGUUCAAUCACAAUUUUGCCUAAGAACACAGCCAUGAAUAAAGAAUGGUACCAACACAUCCUCCGAGAGCAACUUCUCCCAACCAUCCAGGAACAGUUUGGUGAUGAACAAUGCCUUUUCCAGCAUGAUGGAGCACCUUGCCAUAAGGCAAAAGCGAUAACUAAGUGGCUCGAGGAACAAAACAUCAAUAUUUUGGGUCCAUGGCCAGGAAACUCCCCAGACCUUAAUGCCAUUGAGAACUUGUGGUCAAUCUUCAAGAGGCGGGUGGACAAACAACAACCCACAAAUUCUGACAAACUUCAAGCAUUGAUUAUGCAAGAAUGGGCUGCCAUCAGCCAGGAUGUGGCCCAGAAGUUACUUGACAGCAUGAAAGGGCGGAUUGCAAAGGUCUUGAAAACAAUGGGUCAACACUGCAAAUAUUGACUCUUUGCAUCAACUUCAUGUAAUUGUCAAUAAAAGCCUUUGCCGCUUGUAAUUAUA